GUCUUGUUGUGGCUCUUCUCUUUCUUUCAAGUUGAUCAUAAAACAACCAAUUAAAGUAGCAGCCAGGACAAAAAUAUUUGUUUUCACACGUUCACAUUUGCUUUUCUUCUCUAUAAUUUCAAGGCCUUGCUAAUGCAAACUUAUGUUUUUCAAAUUGGUAAAAAUCUAUUACUUUGUUGCACUGAAAAUUAAAAAGAGACAAGAAGGGGUCCAAUCCAAGAGUUCUUUGUUCUUGAAUUACUUCUAUGUUCAUGGCUUGCUGCUUUAGGGUCAAAGUUGAGACUUCUAAACAUAAUGUUGUUGGGAGAGAAGAGGAAGUUUCGAGUGGUUUAAGCUACAAAGCAGCCUCUUCAUUUGUGCCUCUAACUUCUAGGACUGAGGAUGAGGUAUUGCGAUCCAACAAUUUGACGUGUUUCACUAUCAACGAGGUAAGAGCCGCAACAAGGAACUUUCAUCCAGAUAGUAUGAUUGGCAAAGGUGGAUUUGGUUGUGUAUUUAAGGGUUGGAUCGAUGAGCACACACUAGCCCCGACUAAACAAGGUACUGGUUUUGCCGUUUCUGUGAAGAGGCUCAACGAUAAAAGCAAUCAGGGACAUAGUGAAUGGUUGACGGAAAUCAAUUAUCUGGGACAGCUGCAUCAUCCUAAUCUUGUGAAAUUGAUUGGUUAUUGCAUAGAGGAUGAAUGCUGGAUUUUGGUAUAUGAAUUUCUUACCAAGGGAAGUUUAGAUAAUCUUUUGUUUAAAAGGGCUUCUAACUUUCAGCCACUCACAUGGAAAAUCCGAAUGAAGAUAGCUCUUGAUGUUGCUAAGGGUCUUGCAUUUCUUCACAGUGAUGAAGUGAAUGUGAUACAUGGAAACUUGAAAACUUCUAAAAUCUUGAUUGAUUCUAACCACAAUGCAAAACUAUAUAAUUUUGGGUUGGCAAAAGAUAUACCAGAAAUAGAUAUGAUAGACCCAGAUAUGGUAUAUAUACAAGGGCCUUACGACGCACCUGAGUAUAAACUUAUAGGUCACUUGACCAAAAAGAGUGAUGUAUACGGUUUUGGGGUUGUUCUCCUGGAAAUUAUGUCGGGAAAACGUGCAUUGGAUUAUAACAGGCCACGAUGGGAAAAUGAUUUAGUUGUGUGGGCGCGGCCAUUACUUAUCAACAAAGAAAAGAUCUAUCAAGUCAUGGAUUCCUGUAUAGAAGGUCAAUACUCGCCGCAUGAAGCAAUGGAGGUGGCUCGUAUUGCAAUUCAAUGUCUGUCUUGUAAUUCGAAAAAUCGACCAAACAUUGAUGAUGUGGUGAGAUCAUUAGAAAAACUUUAGGAUUCUAAUGAUACAAUGGUUCAGAACAUGAUACAAUUUCAAUAUAUGUUUAAAUGGAGAAAACACUCCUAAUAAGUAUUCAUCAGAUUCUCUACUUUGUGGAAAUUGAAAUUAUUUUAAUUUUUGAAUAAAUACAUUUAUAACUUUGGCUUCGUA